CUGGAAUGUCCUGCCUCAGAAUGCAUUCAAAGGAGAAAACCUGGCUUCCACUGUAGCUGCAGAGGAACAUUUGUGGGCGGGCACAGGGAUUAGGCAAAAGUACCACCACUUUAUUGGAGAGAAAACUGAGCUUCACAGAGGUUAACCGGCAAAGCAUGGAAGAGGAACCCACGUCUGCCUGCCUUAAGGCCUGGGGAAGGAAGACCUCAGCUAGAAGACUCUGCCUGGUCCAUGGGUACAAAGGAGUCAAAUUCCAAAACUGGGCGAGGACCUAUGGCUGUUACCCGGAGAUGUACUACCAGCCCACGUCUGUGGAGGAGAUCAGAGAGGUGCUGGCCCUGGCCAGGCAGCAGAACAAGCGGGUGAAGGUGGUGGGUGGUGGCCACUCACCUUCAGACAUCGCCUGCACCGACGGCUUCAUGAUCCACAUGGGCAAGAUGAACCGCGUCCUCAAGGUGGACACGGAGAAGAAGCAGGUGACCGUGGAGGGCGGCAUCCUCCUGGCUGACCUGCACCCACAGCUGGACAAGCACGGCCUGGCCUUGUCCAACCUGGGAGCCGUGUCAGACGUGACUGCAGCUGGCGUCAUCGGGUCCGGAACUCACAACACGGGGAUCAAGCACGGCAUCCUGGCCACCCAGGUGGUGGCGCUGACCCUCCUGACGGCCGACGGGACCGUUCUCGAGUGCUCUGAGUCCAGCAACGCAGAGGUGUUCCAGGCGGCACGGGUGCACCUGGGCUGCCUUGGGGUCGUCCUCACCAUCACCCUGCAGUGCGUGCCCCAGUUCUACCUGCAGGAGACUUCCUUUCCCUCAACCUUGACAGAGGUUCUUGACAACCUGGACAGCCACCUGAAAAAAUCCGAAUACUUCCGCUUCCUCUGGUUCCCGCACAGCGAGAACGUCAGCGUCAUCUACCAGGACCACACCAACAAGCCUCCCUCCUCUUCAGCCAACUGGUUUUGGGACUAUGCUCUUGGAUUCUAUUUACUGGAGUUCCUGCUCUGGAUCAGCGUGUACCCUUCACCCUCCCAACCCCUGCAGGAGAAGGAGAAGCAAGGAGAAGGCUGA